AGCGGUUUGGCUGCAUUCCAGCGCCCGGGACCUGGGGUGGGUCGCGCAGCCCCGGAGAGCAGGUGCCUACGUGGGGAGAGGCCCUGGGACACACCAUUCCUCCGGGCGCUCGGAGACCCGUUAAUCCCCAGCAGGCUGGGGCUCGCUGGGGUUUCCUGGCACUGAGCUGGGUGCGGCCUCUACAGGUUGAGAAACCGGGAUCUGGUUUGUGCUGCCCCUGUUGCAAAAUGCUGCAGGCUCCGGAAUUUCUGUGCGCUUAGGUGGGGCUUGGGGACUCUGCAGUACUAGGGGAGGGGAGAGGUAUCUUGUCUUAAGGCUGCCUUUUAAAUGGUAUAUUUGGGUUUCUUGGAAGGUGGCUGAAGCCUUUCAAGGCACCAGCUUGUGCAGCAGCCCUGGAUCGCAGGUGCCAGGGAGGGUCCGUGGUUCCUAACACUUGGAGGCCUCAUGUCUUACUUGCCCCCUCUCAAUGCCGAUUUUAAGCCUGUGCACAGAGUUUUACAGCUGUCGACAGAAGGAGGUAGAAACGGGGGGCUGUUGUGGUUCGGACUAUAAACAGUAUGUGUUUGGCGGCUGGGCCUGGGCCUGGUGGUGUAUCUCUGACACUCAGAGACUGUCUCUGGAGGUUAUGACCAUCCUGUGUCGCUGUGAGAAUAUUGAGACGUCGGAGGGGGUCCCGCUAUUCGUAACAGGGGUUGCACAGGUGAAGAUCAUGACGGAGAAGGAGCUUCUGGCCGUGGCCUGCGAGCAGUUCCUGGGCAAGAAUGUGCAGGACAUCAAGAAUGUCGUCCUGCAGACCCUGGAGGGGCACCUGCGCUCCAUCCUCGGGACCCUGACUGUGGAGCAGAUUUAUCAGGACCGGGACCAGUUUGCCAAGCUGGUGCGGGAGGUGGCAGCCCCUGACGUCGGCCGCAUGGGCAUCGAGAUCCUCAGCUUUACCAUCAAGGAUGUGUAUGACAAAGUGGACUAUCUGAGCUCCCUGGGCAAGACGCAGACGGCGGUGGUACAGAGGGAUGCUGACAUCGGGGUGGCCGAGGCCGAGCGGGAUGCAGGCAUCCGGGAAGCCGAGUGCAAGAGGGAGAUGCUGGACAUGAAGUUCAUGGCAGACACCAAAAUCGCCGACUCCAAGCGAGCCUUCGAGCUGCAGAAGUCAGCCUUCAGUGAGGAAGUCAAUAUCAAGACAGCUGAGGCCCAGCUGGCCUAUGAGCUGCAAGGAGCCCAUGAGCAGCAGAAGAUUCGGCAAGAAGAGAUUGAGAUUGAGGUUGUGCAGCGUAAGAAGCAGAUUGCGGUGGAGGCACAAGAGAUCCUGCGCACAGAGAAGGAGCUGAUUGCCACCGUGCGCCGCCCCGCGGAGGCAGAGGCGCACCGCAUGCAGCAGAUAGCCGAGGGCGAAAAGGUGAAGCAGGUCCUCUUGGCUGAGGCAGAGGCUGAGAAGAUCCGGAAAAUCGGUGAGGCGGAGGCAGCAGUCAUCGAGGCGAUAGGCAAGGCAGAGGCUGAGCGGAUGAAGCUCAAGGCUGAGGCCUACCAGAAAUACGGGGACUCAGCCAAGAUGGCCAUGGUGCUGGAUGCCCUGCCCCAGAUCGCUGCCAAAGUCGCAGCCCCAUUGACCAAAGUCGAUGAGAUUGUGGUCCUCACCGGGGACAACAAUAAGGUGACAUCAGAAGUAAACCGACUGCUGGCCGAGCUGCCUGCCUCCGUGCAUGCCCUCACAGGCGUGGACCUAUCCAAGAUACCCCUGAUCCAGAAGGCCACCGGUGUACAGGUGUGAGGCUCCCGAAGAACCCACACCCUUCAGCAGCUGCCCGCUCCUCCCUCCAGCACCUGUUUCAAUACUGCAGGAACAAUGGGAAUGUUACUGACUCUGGUGCCUUAUUUGUAGGGACCAGAAGUGCUGCGUGUUCAGGCCUUCUCUGGCUGUCUUCCCUUCUGUCCGUCUCCUUCCUCUUCUCCUUUACCCCACACCCUCACACUCACUGCCAUAUUCAUCUGGUGUGUCUCUUCCACCCUCAUCUUCCUGUACAUAUGCCUCUUCCUUCAUCUGUUUGUCUUUUUCUCUCCCUCUUCCCUCCCACCCAUCCUUUACACACAUCAUGUAAUUUAAGCUGAAGAUGUUUAUUAUAAUCACUGUCUGUCUGUAAGGGGUGGCCCUGCUGCUCUUCAGAAUCCUGGUGCCUUGAAGUUCUCUGUGCGUCCUCCCUGUGGCCUUGUCCAGACCUCAGCAUGGGUGCAGGGGGUCUGGGUAGAAUGGCCCCCUGCCCCUCUCCUGGCCUGGUUUUCCAGCCCUAAACCCUCCCCUGGGAAACCCCAGCCUCACUCACUCUAGCCCCUCUAGGCCAGGUAGCAGUGGCCUACAGACCCAGGCCAUUGCCCUUCACUUCACACCUCCCCAACCCCAGGUCUGCUCUCAUACCUUACCUUUCUACCCACCCCAGGGGCACAGAAGCAAGGCCUCCUGUCUAUAACAGCUCUCUCAGUUGACUACUGCCUUAGGAGGCCCCUGCUUGUGCUCAGGGAAGUCCCCCUCAUGGACAUGUCCCUGCUGGAGUGAGGCUUGGUCCCAGCUCUGCUAAGUCUUUCUGGGAUCAGGGUCUAGCCCUGUUGGGGACUAGAAAGUCUGUAGACCCUCUUCCUGCUAGGGCUGCUCUGUUCUGGGUAUGAGGCCAGGUCCUUCCAGUGGGCAAGGCUGUGCCAACCCUGUACAGAAUCGAGUGCUGUAGACUGGCCAGACUUCAUACUCCUUGUGCCAUUUUUCUUCCUGGCCAGAGUGAUAGGGUCCCAGCCAUGGGAGCAGCCCAGCCCUCUGUCUCCUUGCUCUAGUGGAGGCAGAGAAGCCCACAGGCCAAGCACCCAGGGGUGCUGUGGAUGUCCUGUGGUCCCAGUCCCCCACCCCUGGCACGGGCCCUGCCCCAGCCUGUGUAGCUGUUCCUGCAUGUGGAUGCUGCAUGUUUGGUCUGGGGCUUGGAUGCUGCACUGCCCCACUGCCUGUCCCUUCUGGUAAAAUAAAGAUCUGUUAUGCCAAUGCCC